AUGGAUUGCACUCGGUUUACAUCUGCAUGUAACAAGUUAUCCAUUUCUGGAUAUCCAACUAUAAUAUUUUUUCGCCAAGGUCGUCGAAUAGAAUAUCAUGGUGAACGUACCAAAGAGGCUUUGUACAACUUUGUCGUUAAAAGUUCAGCGCCUAUCGUAGAGAAAGUGAAUGCUGUUAGGCUUAACGACAUCAGAAAAGACUCUCGCAACGAUCCUGCCUUUGUAAUCAUCGGAGACGAAAAAGAUGAACUGCAGAAAGAAUUUGAAACGAUUGCCGAUUCUUUAUUUUCAAAGACCAGAUUCUUCUCCGCCAGUCCCAUUGCUGUACCAACAUCCUUGCGCGAAUCUGGAGCACGUAUCGCAGUUUUCAAAGAUGAUGCUUUCUUCCCGUAUCAUGGAACUGUAGAGGGCCUGAAGCGGUGGGUGAUGGCUGAGCGAUGGUCAUUGAUGCCCCGUGCAACACCCACUAAUAUUGCCGAGAUUGGAAGUAAUGGCAAGCUUACCGUACUGGUUGUGUGCACUGAAUUGGACAGGCUCAACCAAUCUUCUCCUAUAGGAAUAUUUUGCGAAAUGGUGGGUCCAGAUUUACUUUCGUCAGGGUUUAUUAACAUCAUGGUAUUCAAUUAUUCAACGUACGAAUUCUACCUAAGUGAUGAUGAACCACAGAAGAUGACAAGAGCAUCAAUAGUUACCUGGCUUAAUCAUUUGGCCGACGCUAUCGAAAAAAAUACAGCAGCCGCCCAAGGAGGUCGUUCCUGGCCCAUAAGAAUUAAACGAAUGAUUUAUGAACUAUACACAAACGUUGCACAGAUGUUCGCCACCCAACCAUUGUUGUCGUCAUGCCUUUUUGGUGUACCGAUAGCUUUUCUCAGCAUAAUCUGUUACAGGUAUACCUUGUUCUGGGAUGGUGUGCGGUGUGCAUCUAUACUACGUUGUAUCUUGCUCGGGUUUUCUUUGGCUCGCUUGCAUUCAACAAAACAUUAUUUUAGCAUCUGCUCUGCGGACUUCACAGUAGACCGAGAUGAAUUCUAUCCAGAGGAUGAAGAUGAGGAUUACGACGAAGCAGUGGAAGAAGACGAACGAGCUCACCUAGUUGACCCCAACCACCCAAAGAACGAAUAA